AUGGAAGAGGCGCUGCUCCGUCUCGGCGUGAAGAAUCUUCUGACAGGAGACAGUGUCAUCGAAGAGAUCGUGAUUGCUGACUCGGCGACUGGUCAGGACCUCUUGGAGGAGAUUGACAGGCUCCGGCCCGGAAACCCUUUCGAGAUCAUAGCCGGCAAUGCUGUCCUUGAUCCCAUCAGAACGCUACGUGACCAAGGAGUUGAAAGCGGCAGCGUGGUAGACUGGAGGCGACUGCCAGCCAAUCUCCCCCUCGCCCUGAGGGCUUUGCGCGGCGAAGAAGCCGGGCCAGAUGCUCGCGUCAGGAAGGCUGUUUAUGGUGUGAACGAAGUUGUCAUCGGAUUCAAGGAGCGUUUGAGCCUUUUGGCCGAGAGCGUCGUUGAUCUGACGGUGCCCUGGUACCUGCUUAAGGAUACGGUGAGCGACAAGGCGAUUCCCAAUUUGCGCACGCUUCACCGAAUCCGUCGCCUGAGAAUCGAGACCGUGGACAACCUCCACAACUGGAAGUGGUGGCCAGAAGAACUGCAGCAGCUGGAGAUUUCAGGACAAGGCGAGAUCCCGAGCUUGGUCGACCUUCCUCCAAAGCUGCAAAUUCUGACGCUGUCCAACCGCUUUUCAUGCCGGCCGCUGGCAGCGCCGCCAGAGCUGAGCCGCGACCUUGAAAAGUUUCCUCGGACCUUGCAGAAACUCAGACUGGACACCCCGCUGCAGGGCGACCUGGAGUUGUCGAAGCUGGAUCAGCUUCUUGAGCUUCGCUUGCAGUCAGUGACGGGCUCACUGACACUGCCAGACUGCCUCAACAGCUUGCAGAUUUCGUACCUCAACGCGGAGGUCACGCGGUGGCCGAAAGCGCUGAGAACCCUGGACCUGAAGGUCUUCGUGGGACAGUUCAAGGCGCUGCAGCUGCCUACAAGCAUUCGUCACUUGAGCCUUGGGGCAGCAAAGCAUGCCACGCACAAAAAAUCCAUCAACAAGUUCGAAGCCAGCGACUUGCCCAACCAGCUCCACAGCCUCACCCUAGACAACUUCGCGUUAGUUGCCGCCGAGAACUUGCCAGCAAACUUGGAGGUCCUUGCAUUCAACGCGGAAAAGUUCAGAGGGAAUAACGGUGCUUUCAAAGGAGGCUUGAAACAGCGGCUGUCACUGACGAGACUACGCUCGCUGACCCUUCCUCUCAGCUUCAACCAGGUUCUGGAAGAGGGAGCUCUCCCUGAAAGCCUUGAGACUUUGUGCUUCGGACAUAACUUCAACUCUACCUUGCGCCGAGGGGUGCUGCCCCAAAGGCUGGUGUGCCUGACCUUCGGCUGGAACUUCAAUUCCUUGCUGGAUACCGGGGUGUUGCCGAAAGGGCUCAAACAGCUGAGGUUUGGCAGAUGCUUCAACCAGCCCCUGCAGCAAAACGUUCUACCAGAAGGUCUUGAGACCCUGUCAUUCGAUCAAGGCAACUUCAACUGCUCUGUCUUCAACUGCUCUGUGAACGCUGGGGAGCUGCCGAACGGGCUGAAGCACCUGACUUUCGGCCCCAGCUUCAAUCAGCCUUUGGAGCCAGGCGUUCUGCCAGAAGGUCUGAAGACUUUGACCUUGGGCAUGAGCUUCAAGAAGCCGUUGAAGCAUGGAGCGCUGCCCAGUACGCUGACGAGCCUUUGCCUUUCACAGGCGCAGCCCCUGGCGAAGGGCGUGCUGCCGAAGGGCCUCGAGACUUUGUCCCUCUGGCGGUUCGAUGGAGUGUGGCAGCGCCAAGUGACCUUGCCGAAGGGUCUCAAGCAGCUGAGGCUUCGGCACUGCGACCAGCCCUUGGACCCACACUUCUUGCCGAAGGGCCUGGAGACACUGGAUAUGGGGCGCAAUUUUAAUCGUCCCUUGCAGCCCGGGAUGCUCCCCAAGACGCUCAAGCACCUGACGUUCGGGGACGACUUCAACCAGCACUUGAUUGAAGGAGUGCUUCCUCAGAGCCUGGAGACAUUGACCUUCGGAUCGUUGACUUUCGGAUCGCGCUUCAGGCAGCACUUCAGUCAGAAUGACUUGCCUGAGAGCCUGGAGACUUUAACCUUCUACGGCUCUUCUUGUGAUAAUAAGGUGCCACUGGACAGGGACGUGCACCUUCCCAAACUGAAGAGCAUCAGCUUGGGAAAAUUUUCGGUAAUGUGCCAUUAG